AUGUUUAUUACUUUAAGCUUAAACUUAAGCAGUGUUUAUCGCAUAAAGGAUGACAAUGAGCAUACAUACGAGUUACCUGCUGGUGUAAGAAAUAUAGGUAUAACGGCAGCUAUGCUUCAACCGGGCUUUGAAUCCCCUCGGCGAGACGAACGUGCUGAUAUGAAUGCAUGGAUUGAAGUUUUAAAAAAAGUUCCAAGAUUCGAAGAUAGCCUAAACAACUUGACUGUAUCUUUGGGAAGGGAAGCAGUGUUCACUUGUGUCGUCAAUGAUCUCGGCUCUUACAGGGUGGCGUGGCUACGCGUGGACACGCAGACUAUCCUGACGAUAGCAACCCACGUGAUCACAAAGAACCACCGGAUCGCCGUCAACCACAGCGACCGGCGGGUGUGGUUCCUACAUAUACACGACGUCCGGCAGUCGGACAGAGGCUGGUACAUGUGCCAGCUAAACACUGACCCUAUGAAGAGCCAAACAGCCUAUUUAGAUGUAGUAGUUCCUCCGGACAUUUUGGACUACCCGACGAGUAGUGACCAAGUGGCCAGGGAGGGAGCCAACGUGACGCUGCGGUGUGCAGCGCAUGGAGUCCCCACUCCAACUGUAGUCUGGAGAAAAGAAGCUGGCGAUUUGUUGCCGACCAGCAACUUCAGCGAUACACACAAUUCGUCAGUAAAUGGCGCAGUGCUACAGCUGGUCAAAGUAUCAAGACUUCAUAUGGGAGCCUACUUAUGUAUAGCUAGCAAUGGAGUUCCGCCGUCUGUCAGCAAACGAGUUAUGCUCGUUGUGCAUUCGGACAAAAGGUUCGAGAUCACAGCCAUAGAGAGAGGAUACGAAGUGGAUAUGAGGCUGAAGAUUAAAAAAGUUGGUAGAAACACUUUUGGCACAUACAGUUGCAUAUCAAAGAAUUCCCUCGGAGAUACGGACGGGACAAUAAAAUUGUAUUAUUUUGUACAGUCAACAAAAGUUUACCUCCUGAGCCUAAACACGCCCUAUUGGACCCCAUCUUUGGUAGUCUAUUGCCUCUUUGACGGGCGCGUGGAACGGUACACGCCGUACGCUCAGAUCCAAAACCCUAAUUCCCAAAAAGUCAGUAACGCAGUCGUUACUUCCGAGAUUUUUCCGAUAGCUAACCAUCAGGAAUGUGGAGUGCAUUGGUGUGAUGCACCGGCAUCCACAAGGACCCUAGCCGGCAAUAAAGUAGGCAUCAAGCGAGCUACGUGCCUUACGAUAAGACGAGUUGUACGUGCUAACUCCUUAUUUGUGCAUGAAGCUCAGCCACCGAGCAAACUGGGACGUUUAAAAAACGAUGGACCAAAUGGCGUCCACAGAAGACCAUCGCGACCCAUCUUCACCUUCAAGCUUAACCUCACUUCAGGUCAUUUCUGGCCAAUGCUCACCGCGCCUGCCAUCAUGGAGCGCCGCUAG